AUGUUUUUUUUCUCCUUUCCUACGUCGUCGAAUUUUUCCAGUUUUCCGCCAUUUUUUUUUGUUUCAAAUUUUAAUUUUUUUUUGUGUGCUUUCAGGAAUUCGGAAAAAAGAAAAGAAAAAUCUCGAGAUGCGGCAAGAUGUAGGCGUAGUCGGGAAACGGAAAUAUUUACGGAUUUGGCCAACGGUUUGCCUCUCAAGCAAUCCGUAAUCGCACAAUUGGACAAAGCUUCCGUCAUGCGAUUGGUCAUAUCGUAUUUAAAAAUACAAAAUUUAGUGUCAACGAGUAAUUUGGUUUCAAUUUUUAUUUCGGUAACGAAUCAAUUGUGGAAAGUUGUUUUUCAUUUAAGGUUUGUCGAGAAUGGCAUUCAAGGUUGUUUUGAUUGCAAGAUUUACGAUCCGUUAUUUUUAAAAGCGUUGGAAGGUUUUCUAGUUAUACUGUCCGCCGAUGGAGAUUUGGUGUACCUUUCGGAAAAUGUCAACGAAUAUCUAGGAAUAUCGCAGGUUGACAUGAUGGGGAACAGCAUAUACGAGUUCAGCCAUCCCUGCGAUCACGAAGAAAUCAGAGAAGUUUUAUCAAUUAAAUCUCCAACCGAAUCGAUAAUUCCACGUUCGUUUUUCGUCAGGUUGAAAUGCACGCUCACGAGCAAGGGACGAAACGUUAAUUUAAAAUCUGCCACUUAUAAGGUUAUUCACUAUGUCGACGACGCGGCAUCGAACGCGCCACAACAUUUUUUAAUUGCAAUAGGAGAACCCAUUCCUCAUCCUUCGAAUAUUGAAAUCCCAUUGGAUAAACAAACGUUUUUGAGCAAGCAUAGUUUGGAUAUGAAAUUCACAUAUGCCGAUGAUAAAAUGGUCGAAUUUCUCGGAUACAAUCCGGAAGAUCUUAUCGGUAAAUCGAUUUUUGAUUUUUACCACGCCAUGGAUUCGGAAGCCGUCGACAGAGGAUUCAAAACACUGUUUUCGAAAGGACAAUGCGAAACCGGAAGAUAUAGAUUUCUUGCCAAAGGUGGUGGAUGCGUUUGGGUUUUGACUCAAGCGACGGUCAUUUACGACAGCAAAGGACAAAAACCCAACAGCGUCGUGUGCGUUAAUUUCGUCAUAAGGUAG